AUGAAUUUUGAGUCGAUUUCGAUUUUGAAGUCGAAUCAAACAGCCAUGAGCAUGUGGAAUGCAUUGUCGGAACUGAUUAUGACUAGGAUAGACGACAUUAUUUAUACUGAAUUGCUACUUAUUUCCUUUUUUUUCUCACUAUUUAUGAGACGGAUCCGAUGGGGUAUAAUUCGUGAAAUUUUUGGUGCUUUGAUCGGUGUUUCACUGAUUUAUUAUUUCACUGGAUGGAAACUAUUUUAUUCACUCACUAUUGUGGUUGUGAAUAUUAUCUUAAAUUCGGUUAUCAAAAACAAUUACUUGCCACUGAUAUCUUUUCUUGUAACAUUCAUUUACUUGGGAUUUUUGCGAGCCAUACAUUUGAUAGGAUUACCAGCGCUUGUCUCGCAUUCAAAUGCUGUUCAGUUGAUUUUAACGUUAAGACUUGUUGGUUUAAGUUUCGAAAUUUCUGACAGCAGAAAAAAGAAUGAAUUAAAAUAUGAUCCAAAGAAAACACGAUUUAUCAAAGAGCCGUCAUGGUGGCAAUCCUUUCUGUACGCGUACAAUUUUCCUGGCCUUUUCACCGGUCCAUACUACACUUAUGCAAUGUAUCGGGAUGUUAUUGAUAACGACAAUAUUAUGGAUAUUUCCGUAUGGGAGCAUAUCGGUUGGCGUUUGUACAAUUUCGCAUGGUCACUACCCGCAUUCUUGAUCCUCGUCUAUGCUUUCCCAAUUGAGGUCCGCUUUCUUUGA